AUGAAAUUUUACAACGUGGAAUUACCAUGUAUAAAAUUACUAGAAAAAAGAAAAAUGUUAUUUUUUAAACUAAUUAAUAACAAGACAAUAAUUUGGAAAAAUGGUUCCAAAAGACUGGAUAUUGAUAGUAUCAAAGACGUAAGAACAGAUAGUUUAGCGAGAAAUUAUAUUGAAGAAUAUGGCAUUGAUAAUACUACUGCCAAAUGGUGGGUAACAUUAAUUUAUGUCAUAAACAAUAACAAGUUAAAAUGCUUACAUCUAGUUUUAAACAACGAAGAAGAGUUCAAAUUAUUUGUCAGUAGUAUCUUAGAUAUUAUAAAAGAACGAAGAGAAUUAAUGCAGAGUAUUCUAGUACCAGAUCAUGCAAGAUUUGCAAAUAUUCAUUGGGAAUCAACUGUUUCUCCAAAAAAAGAAGAUGAGAUUAAAGAAACAUUGACUUUCCAAGAUGUCCAAGCUUUAUGCUCAAAAUUUAAUAUAGUUAGUUCUCAUUCUUAUUUGCAUAAAAAUUUUCUAUUAGCAGAUGUCAAUAAUAAUGGUCUUUUAAACUUCGCAGAAUUUCAAACAUUUGUGAAACUAUUGAAAAAGAGAGAUGAAAUUGAUACUUUAUGGAAAAACAUUACUUUAAACAAAAAUAAAAUGAACUUCGAAAGUUUUUUUGAUUUUAUUUCAACGAAACAAGGUGAAAAUAUUACAAAAAAAGCUGCUCUAAGACUCUUUAAACAAAUAUCACAAUUUAAAGAAACUAUUAAUAAGGAUAUCUUUCUGAAAUAUCUCCGAAACGAACCAUAUACGAAGAAUAUUAAUGAAAAUUAUUCGCACCCAAUUACUGAUUAUUUUAUAGCUUCUUCACAUAAUACAUAUCUGCUGGGGAAGCAAGUGGCUGAAACACCCAGUGUAGAAGGAUAUAUUCAAGUAUUACAGCAGGGAUGUAGAAGCGUCGAAAUUGAUAUAUGGGAUUCUGAAAUUGGUCCGGUAGUAUGCCAUGGUUUAUUAACAUCUGCGAUUCCAUUAUCUAAUGUGGUUACCGCUAUUAGAAAAUAUGCCUUUAUCACUUCUCCUUAUCCAUUAAUUAUUUCUUUAGAAAUCAAUUGUGGCCCAGAUAAUCAACUUUUAACUGUAAAAAUAUUACGGGAGAUUCUUGGAAACAGCCUAUUAGAAAGUAUCGUUGAUAAACAUGGAAUAAUGUCUCCAAGACAUCUAAAACAUAAAAUUAUCUUAAAAUCAAAGAAGUGUAAACACGUGGAACAACAAACUCCCUUAUCAUCAUUUUCGUCCUAUAGUUCUUCUCAUGAAUCUGAAGUAGAAAUACGACAAAGAAGAAAAAAAUCAACUGCAAGUAUAGAAAGAUUUCGGAGAAUUAAACUAAAACACGAUUUUAGAGUAAUUGAUCAAUUAUUAGAAAUAAGCGCUAUACAUGGUAUCAGGUUUCGUAACACAUCUCUUCCUGAAUCUAAAACCGUAAACCAUUGUUUCUCAUUAAAUGAAAAAAAAAUUGACAAACUUUGUCAAGAUAAAACUCUAAAGCUAGCAAUUGACAAACAUAAUCGUAAAUUUUUCAUGCGUGUUUUCCCUCAUGUCAUUAGAUACAAAUCAUCUAAUUUUAAUCCUAUUCAAUUUUGGAAGUAUGGUACUCAAAUGGUAGCUACUAAUUGGCAAACAUAUGAUAUAGGCCAACAAUUAAAUAUUGCCAUGUUUCAAUUGACAGACCAAAAGAAUGGAAUAUUAAACUCUGGAUAUGUAUUGAAACCAAAAUAUAUUCGCGAAAAAACUACUAAUACGAAAAAUAUUCCAUUAAUAUAUGAAAAAAUACAUCAAAAUAAGAAAAAAUUAAUUUUUAAUAUAUUAAGUGCUCAAUUUUUACCUUCUAAUGAUCUGAAAAAAGGAUGUACCAUUGCUCCAUAUGUCAUUAUUGAAUUUUUUACUACCGAAAUAACUGAACUUAACCAAGAUUUACAAGUUCACAACGGUACCAAAAUCAGUGACUAUAAAAUCACAACCAAAACAUGCCCAGGUAAUGGUUUUAAUCCAGUCUGGAACUGUGAAAUGUCUAUUAACAUAUGUGACGAUUCUUUCACAUUUAUUAGACUGUGUGUAAAAUCAAGUGAUACAACUUUAGGUGUUAUAUGUUUUAAAUUGGAUUAUUUAAAAAGAGGGUAUCGACAUGUACCUCUUUAUAAUAUGGAGGGUGAAAGAUAUGUAUUUUCUACAGUUUUUUUAUAUUCAGAAAUAAAAUAA